AUACACACAGAGGCAUAAGUGGCGUCAUUGCUGUCGAAUGUGGUUAUGUAGGUAAAUUGUAUUGAAGCUGCAAUGGAUGUCGUUGUUUAUCUCGUAGCAGCGGCGAUUUUAAUUGUUCUGAUCAUAUUCGCCGUGAGAAUCCGUGGAAGCACAACAGAAGUAGCUGACCGUGAGGACCGGCAGAAUGUCAUCGCACGGGUUGCUGCGCCACCACGCGUGGCAGAGGAUCGCGGAGCAGGAAUGCCACGCCGUCGCCGAGGCCUGGACAGGAUGAUGGCACAGAGACGUGCACAGCGAGAUGCCCCCGAGAUUGAAAACCUUGAUGUAGAGGUAGAUGAAGAUGAGGAGGUUGAAAGUCCCCAGGCUGAAGAGAGACCUCAGGCUACAGGGAAAGUGGGCGCUAAGAAGCAGAGGAAGCUGGAGGAAAAGCAAGCCAGGAGAGCACAGAGAGAGGUGGAGAUGGAGGAGCGAGAGGAGAGGAAGCGCAUGCAGGAGCUGAGAGAGCAGGAGAGAAAGAAAGAAGAAGAGAAAGAGAGACUGCAGGAACAGAAAGAGGAGGAGGAGCAGCGUCGUGCUAAAGAGGAACAGGAGAGGAAAGAGGAAGAGGAGUAUCAGAAACUCAAAGCAUCCUUUGUCGUCGAGGAGCAGGGAGAAGCAGAGGAGCUGACCGAACAGGAGUCUCGCAACCUGCUCCAAGAGUUUAUCCAGUACGUGAAGGACUCCAAGGUGGUGCUGUUAGAGGACUUGGCAUCUCAUUUUGAAAUGCGCACUCAGGAUGCCAUCGCCAGGCUGCAGGACCUGAUAGCGGAAGGUACAAUUACAGGAGUGAUCGACGACAGGGGGAAGUUUAUCUUCAUCACUCCGGAGGAAUUGGACGCCGUGGCUCAGUUCAUCAAACAGAGAGGAAGAGUCUCCAUAACUGAACUCGUGCAAGCCAGUAACAUGCUCAUCAACCUGAGUCCUACGAUUCACACCACCUCCUGAAUACACUCUUUUUUUUUUUUUUUUUUUUUUUUUUUUUUUUUUAAAUAGCCACACACUCAGCAAGAUUAACAGACACUGUGCAGCAUUUCCCACCACACUGAUUACAUUUGUGAGAGACGUACUUUUAAAUAAAAGUGGGCUGGACAAUG